GAGGCGGGCGCGCGCGCGAGGCUUACCCUCGCUCGGCGGCAGCGGCGGCGCCUUCUUUGUUUCGUGAGGAGAGACGAGACGCUCAUUCUGCCCCCGGCCCCGCGCGGAGGGGUGGGGGCGGCGCCGGGAAGGCGACGGCGCCGUCGACUCCCGGAGACCACUGUCCGCAGCUCCCGUGAAGAUGUCCACUCCAGACCCACCCCUGGGCGGAACUCCUCGGCCAGGCCCUUCCCCGGGCCCGGGCCCCUCCCCUGGAGCCAUGUUGGGCCCUAGCCCAGGUCCCUCACCCGGCUCAGCCCACAGCAUGAUGGGGCCCAGCCCAGGGCCUCCCUCAGCAGGACACCCCAUCCCGACCCAGGGGCCUGGAGGGUACCCUCAGGACAACAUGCACCAGAUGCACAAGCCAAUGGAGUCCAUGCACGAGAAGGGCAUGUCGGACGACCCCCGCUACAACCAGAUAAAGGGGAUGGGGAUGCGGUCUGGGGGCCACGCCGGGAUGGGGCCCCCACCAAGUCCCAUGGACCAGCACUCCCAAGGUUACCCCUCGCCCCUGGGCGGCUCCGAGCACGCUUCCAGUCCGGUUCCAGCCAGCGGCCCGGCCUCGGGCCCGCAGAUGUCGUCCGGGCCUGGAGGCGCCCCGCUGGAUGGUGCUGACCCCCAGGCUUUGGGGCAGCAGAACCGGGGCCCGACCCCCUUUAACCAGAACCAGCUGCACCAGCUCAGAGCUCAGAUCAUGGCCUACAAGAUGCUGGCCCGGGGGCAGCCCCUCCCUGACCACCUGCAGAUGGCGGUGCAGGGGAAGCGGCCGAUGCCCGGGAUGCAGCAGCAGAUGCCAACACUACCUCCACCCUCUGUGUCCGCAACAGGACCUGGCCCCGGGCCCGGGCCUGGCCCUGGUCCUGGACCAGCACCUCCAAAUUACAGCAGGCCUCAUGGUAUGGGAGGGCCCAACAUGCCCCCUCCAGGACCCUCAGGCGUGCCCCCCGGGAUGCCCGGCCAGCCCCCCGGAGGGCCUCCCAAGCCCUGGCCUGAAGGACCCAUGGCGAAUGCUGCUGCCCCCACAAGCACACCUCAGAAGCUGAUCCCCCCGCAGCCAACGGGUCGCCCCUCGCCUGCGCCCCCCGCCGUCCCUCCUGCUGCCUCCCCCGUGAUGCCACCCCAGACACAGUCGCCGGGGCAGCCGGCCCAGCCUGCCCCCAUGGUGCCGCUGCACCAGAAGCAGAGCCGCAUCACCCCCAUCCAGAAGCCGCGGGGCCUGGACCCCGUGGAGAUCCUGCAGGAGCGGGAGUACAGCCGCAUCACCCCCAUCCAGAAGCCGCGGGGCCUGGACCCCGUGGAGAUCCUGCAGGAGCGGGAGUACAGGCUGCAGGCUCGCAUCGCACACCGAAUUCAGGAACUUGAAAACCUUCCCGGGUCCCUGGCCGGGGAUUUGCGAACCAAAGCGACCAUCGAGCUCAAGGCCCUGAGGCUGCUGAACUUCCAGAGGCAGCUGCGGCAGGAGGUGGUGGUGUGCAUGAGGAGGGACACGGCCCUCGAAACGGCCCUCAACGCCAAGGCCUACAAGCGCAGUAAGCGGCAGUCCCUGCGCGAAGCCCGCAUCACCGAGAAGCUGGAGAAGCAGCAGAAGAUAGAGCAGGAGCGCAAGCGCCGGCAGAAGCACCAGGAAUACCUCAACAGCAUUCUUCAGCACGCCAAGGAUUUCAAAGAAUAUCACAGGUCGGUCACAGGCAAAAUCCAGAAACUCACGAAGGCGGUGGCCACAUACCAUGCCAACACUGAGCGGGAACAGAAGAAGGAGAAUGAAAGAAUCGAGAAGGAGAGAAUGCGGAGGCUCAUGGCCGAGGACGAGGAAGGGUACCGCAAGCUCAUUGACCAGAAGAAGGACAAGCGCCUGGCCUACCUCCUGCAGCAGACGGACGAGUACGUGGCUAACCUCACGGAGCUGGUGCGGCAGCACAAGGCCGCCCAGGUCGCCAAGGAGAAGAAGAAGAAGAAGAAGAAGAAGAAGGCAGAAAACGCUGAAGGACAGACACCUGCGAUCGGACCCGAUGGCGAGAGCCCUCGAGCCACAACUGCUGAGGCUACAUGCCACAACUGCUGAAGUCCGUGCACCUAGAGCCCAUGCUCCACAACAAGAGAAGCCACUACAGUGAGAAGCCCGCACACCGCAACGAAGUAGCCCCUGCUCCCCGCAACUAGAGAAGGCAUGCAUGCGGCGAUGAAGACCCAACGCAGCCUAAAAUAAAUAAAUAAAAUAAAUAAAUUUACUAAAAAAUAAAAAGAAACCUCCUAGCUAGAGGUCAGUGCUUGUCUGAAGUUGAAAGUACAUGCUCCAGAUACUGCAUUCAGAAGAUUAGUUCUCCUCUUGUGCCCCCAUUAGUGAGAGUCCCCCCAACCCUUGUUGGUUUUAUUUAUUUACUCUUCAUUUCUUUAUUUAGUACGUGAAAUACUAGCCUGGUUCCAAAAGUCAGAACCGUGCAGUGAGGCCCACUCAGAGAGGGGUUGCUGUCCCCACACAUGCGUCUUUUCUGUGGCACUAACACACUAGUGUGAAAGAAGGCUGCAUAGUGAGGUGUAAAUGCAAGGUGUGGCCUUUACCACCUCCUCCAACCCCUCCUCAGUCCCCCUCCCCAGAGAGAAACCUGAGCAACCUUCGGUGUGUUUGCUCUGGGACCUUUUCCGUACCUGUGUCUCCAGGUGGUUUUCUUUUCCCCGCCUGGUAGUGUAUCUUAGUCUUUCCAAGUUAGCUCAUGUGCACUUACCUGACUCUUUCUAAUGCCACCGUAUUAGAGAGGUGGCUAGUGCUUGCUUCUCUGACUUAUAAAUGUAAUACUUCUAGGAAAAAAAUGAUAAUGAUAACAAACGUAAAUGUAAUGAUAACAUGAAAAGGCACCCCAUGGUGCCUGUUCUCUCACAAGCAUGCAUGUUGAUCCCUGGUUGAUGUCUCUCUAUCUUUCCAGAAACCUUUGUGCUUAUAUUCUCUUUGUUUUGUUUUGGGACCAUUUGGGUCAGUCGACACAUAGCAAGACUUUUCCUGCUUAGCAGGUAUCUUGGACCACUUUCCAUAUCAAGCCAUUAGUUCUUUCAUUUUAUUGUAUUGAUGUACUAGGAUCUCUUUCAUCGUUCAGAUUGAUAGCUAUCUAAGUUGCUUCCCAUUUGUAGCUGUUAGAUCCUGCACUGAGCAGCUCUGAUGGACCACCAUAUAUCCCCUCCCCUAUGGGUGGCUAUUUCCAUUGUU